UUGCAGGGCAUUCAUUCAGGUAGUAAAAGUCCUACAGAUUUCAGAUCUCAGACUGCAGGGGGUAAUGAUGGACUGAGAAUGGCACAAAUUAUAUCAGGACCAUACUCUGAAAUAUAUGAUCCACAUUAUGAGGAGAUUAAGGAGUGCUUACCUCCUAGAAAUGGUACAUCUGAGAUGGCAGAAAUUGACAGAGUUGGAGAAACAAUAAUGCAAGUAGCAGACAGUGAAGAUGGAGGAUACUUACAAACAAUAACAUCAGUGGCAGACAAUGAUAAUGGAGGGUACAUCGAACCAGUAAUGUCGGCAGAAGACAAUGAUGAUGGAGGGUACAUAGAACCAGUAAUGUCGGCAGAAGACAAUGAUGAUGGAGGAUACAUUGAACCAGUAAUGUCGGCAGAAGACAAUGAUGAUGGAGGAUACAUUGAACCAAUAAUGCAAGCGGUAGACAAUGAUGAUGGAGGGUACAUAGAACCAAUUCCUCAUUAUGGCACUUCUGCUUCAGGUGAUGAGGAAAAGAAACCCACCAGGCUCCUUGUUGAUGACUACCUCACAUACCAUGCAUGAGUAACUGUGAAGAGUGUAUAGACCUGUAUCAGUUACAGUGGUACAGGGCAGGUUGAGGCAUUUCUAAGGUCAUUUACAAAACAAAUGUGGAUAUUGUCACUAUAACAAAAUCAUGGUUAACAUCUAAUGACCUGACAUAUGCACUUAUUUUUCCUAUGUAAUAAUUCAUUCACUAGCUCCUCAAUUCGUAAGGCCUUCAUGCAGUUUGUGAAAGAACAUAAUCAGUCUUAACCCCAUGUUUUUUUAAGGUCAGUUACUGAUACAUACUCUUCCUUUCAAAGUGCCCAUUCCUGUGCUUUCUGAAUCUGUUGGAAAAGCCCUAAAUGAUAUCUCUAUUCAACAAAUCCACAUGUCUACAUGGUUUUUUUUCCUCUCACUCAUGUGUCACAUAGCUCUAUCACCUAACCUAUACCUGAUAUACUCCCCUUGACAACCCUAAACCCCCAGAAUUGAUUUUGUGUUUUUAGAUUAUAAGGACACAUUUCCCCAUUGUCAGAGGCGAAGGUAUGGGCAGUGCAACCAGUACAAAUUACUUGGCCUUGUGGACUACAGUAUAUAUUUCUUUUCAUUAAUUUUCAACCCAUACAUUGUGUGACAUGUGUAUCUUGUCACAAUGGGAUAACCCAUGUUCCUUUGUCUCACAUCAUAUGAGCACAGUUACCAAGAUAAUCUCGUGAAGACAAGAGCACACAAUAUUCAUUACCUAGUUUAACAGCUUUUGUAUUACUCUAGCUGGGGUGAGUGAAUUAUAUUUUUUAUAUAUUGUAUUAAUUAAUAUUUUUAUAGAUGUUAUUAUUUUAAAUCAUGGUUAAAGAUGUUGAAUUAGUAUAAGUUGGUUAUAAUUAUCACUACUUGUGAAGUAAUUAACUUUUGUGCUAAUUUAGGUAUUCAGAGAGGUUGUGCACAUGUUUUAGUCUCUGAUAGUAGAAAGGUGGUUUUAUCUAAACCAUUUAAAUGUUAUGAUUGUUUAAGAUAACGAUUAUUAUAACUGAUGUUAUGUUAUUAUAAGCCAUGGUAUUAUAAGUAAUGCAUUCAUACAAUAUAUAUUUGUUAUACCUUUAACUCUGACAUUAGAAUCUUAUAUACAUUAAUGCUAUUGUCUUAAAUGAGUGAAUACAUAUUAAUUAUAUAAUCAUUUAGUAUACUUGAUUAAUAUCUUUUAGUCGAAUGUUAAGUUGUAGUUAGUGUUUAAGAUGCUGAAGCCUAGUAAUGAAGUUCUAUGGGUGAAUGACCUUGA